AUGCCAUUUUAAAAUAUCAUCCAAAAUAAUAAUAAUAACAAAAAAAGUAGCACAAAGAUUUAUACUUACUGUAGUAAUUCGGUUUAGCGGUACAUUUUUGUUAGAGAUGUACUUAAAAAAGAGAAAUAUGUUCCUUUUUGGAUAAGUUACUGGUAAAUGCAUAAAUGGACAUUUAAAUGGAAUAAGUGGAAAUCUUCACUGCUAUGUCUUUCAUUUCCAUGUUUGAAAAGUUUCUAACCAUAUUUUCAGAGUGAAAUGCUAAUAUGGAAGUUAUGUUAUAGGCUAAUGCUCUUAACUCUCUGUAAUGCUAUACACUUCUCACAACUUAACACCACAGUGUCGGUGUGCGCCUCAGGUUUGAUGUAUGUGUUACUAUGCGGAUAAGAAACUUUUAAAGCACCGCUGGUGUGAAAUUAAGCAGUCUUGUAUCCUUGCUGCCCACUAUAUCAUGUCAUUAAACCAUCGGGCACAGCCAAGACCAAGUGGGUCAAAUACCAUAGCUGUCAUGUCCUGCAUGGUCAUGGCCAAUUCAGUGAAAGUCCCGACCCAGAGUUGGCUGGCAACGCACAACAAACACUUGAGAGGAAGUGCACAUCUGCUCUCGAACAACUGUGCUUUCGAACAACAGUGCGUCCUCGCAUAGUUAAGGGAAAUCUGAUACAUUUCACAUCAAAAUUAACUUCACACAAACAAAUUUCAGAUCAAUGUACAAUUAAUUUAGAUAAUCAUUUUGACGCCUACUAUAAAAAAGGACUACUUUGCACCAUCAAAUGAUACCUCCAUAACCAGCGUGACCAUUCUAUUUGCAGUGGCCAUUUGAAGGCCCAAUACUUACCACAGCGUACCCAGAAGACUUCAGCCCUAUCUCCCUGAUGAUAGUGUUAUGGGGCCUGGGGAACUAUAUUUAGCUGGCCCUGUGACUGCACUGACUAUGUUAGUCAGAUUCCAAAGGGAACGCUCCAGCACAGCCAGACCAGCACCUGCUGUCAAAGCUGACUGCCACACCACUACCAUAGCUACCACUGGGCCUGGACCACAUAUCCUGAUCCAGACCUCAGCAGCCAAAAAAUAAGGUCUGAUUCAUCUCCUCUGCAGCCCCUAGCUUAGUGUACUUUUCAAAAAGGCAUUUGCCCUAAUUUCUUUUUUAUAGAUAUCUUGUCUGUUGACUUGACACUUUGUGUCCUUUGACAUUUUUUCCUUGAUUUCUCAUUCAGAUUUAAAACCUCAGAGGAGUUUCAACAAAAAGGAGAAGAUUUUGGGUGGCUUGGAUCAGGUGAGAGAAGUUUUAAAAUUGGGGUGGGAACUUUUUGGUAUACACUGCAUUUCCUUUGACAAGCACAGUUAAUUAAAAUACAAUGGGAAAAAAAUGAACAUGUUUCAUCACAAAUCAAAUGCAUGGGACUCUUAUCAGUGGUGCUGCUACCAUUUUGAGCUAUUUAAUUAUUAUUUUUUAUACACAAUUUAUAUUAACAAUGUGUAAUGUAUGUUUAAUUUUAAGCAUCUAAAAAUACUUUUUUUUUUCUUUUCAGUCAGGCUGGAUCUCAUGUUUCAUAUUGAUGCAACAUCUCAUUUUUUUAAACCAUAAAUGAUUCAACACUUGCAAUAUAAGUCUGUCCUGCACAUCCACCCCACACUAGUGUCUAAAACGUCCAGUAUUGCAUCAGAAAUUUUCAGACAUCACAGAAGACAAUUUUCGUGGCAUUUAAAGAGAAAUGUCUGUGUCAUCUGCAUCGAUCAUCGACAAAACCACUCUGUCUCUCCAACAAAGAGAUGAAGGGGAAAGUGACCUAGAGCAGACUGAUGACAUCACGGAUGACUCUGCAAGUUCAUACUACACUGCUUUGUGUUCCCUGAGUGAGUAUAGUGAAGCUUUAGGGGACACAACACACACUGUCUCUAUGAAGCGUCCUGCUGAAGGUGGCACAUUUGUGUUCUUGGACUGCAUUACUACUAUGGAAAGCAUCGCUUCAAGAUCCUUGAUCACAGAAACCACACUAUCACAGGACUGCAAAACACAAGAAGAGAACAGUAUAGAAGUGCUCCCUGAGGUGUCCCAAUGUGACCAGAAUAAAUCUUCAUCAACUGAGAGAGCAUUAGAAUCUGAGUUAAAGCAUCUGCUGUCAGGUACAACAGCAACAAAUGUGGAUUUGCAGUUUGUAAAGUCAGCCUUUAGGAACCCUGUGCAAAAGCUGGAUAAUUCUGACAAGCUUAAUUUAUCAGGAGAAGAUUCAUUGGCUAAACCGAGGGAUUAUUUUGGAAGCAGCAGGACUGUAUUUCAUACUAACAUUAGAACCGCUGAGGAGCACAGCUCCCCAGAACCCAUAUUCACUUCAAACACUAUUUUGAUAACGCCUGGGAGAAAUCAAUACAGCAAGGGUAGGGAACAGGAGCAUGGUGGCACAGAGCCAAAAGAGAACCACGCGACACAAAAGCAAAGACCCAGGGAACGUUUGACUGCGCCCAGGCUUGAGAGAGGCGGGCAUAUUCUGGGUCAUAUGGAAAAGGAGGGGGAGGGCCAUGGUAGAGGGGUGAGUUGCGGAAAGGAGCAGGUUGAGCUGUCAGUCAGGUCUAGAAAUAGAAAAGCGUCUGCAAACUGCAUCUCAACACUCACAGCCAGCAAGCAGGAGUCAAGAAUCCCGCUGAACUGUUAUUCAGAGCGUAUCCCCGCAACCAGGCACCAACACCAGCUACAGAGACUCGCUGAUACUCGGACGUUGGAAAAGCAGAGCCGGCAAGGUGUCUGGCAGUCCAGACCACUCUCCUGCAAGCUGUGUUGCAGCUCUUGGCAACCCUGCCCCACUACAUACAAGACUAGAGGAUCAACCAGCAUGGGAACAAAGCUUGCUGAGGGCAGUAGUAAGGUGGGGGGCCUUGUUAACCAGGCCCAGAUGUAUUCAAACACUCAAAACACAUCUGCUUGCUCAGAAUCCAGCAGCUUUGAGUGUGUUGAUGUGGCAUUGGAAACCACAGACGAAGUAAACCGGAGCUUAAAGACUGUGCCCAAAAGACAAAUCCAACUGAAGAGACGGGACACAGCAGAGGUGCAUGCCAGAGAAAACAACAAUCAAACCUUUCAGGUUGCAAACACACCUGUGCGUGCCCGGGACAUAUUUCAGCGUCAACAUAGCACCCCUGCAGCUUUUAACCAGGAGUCCCAUGUGGCUGAUCAAAGGUCAGUACAGGCUGAGCGAAAGCAAAGGCUUCAGAAAUCAUUUUCCCUGGAUGAAACAUCCAGCAAAACCCAGAUGGCUUCCUGCAUCAUAACAAAUGUCCUAUCGAAAAAAAUGCUAAAUGAACAGAAUCUUCACACCUUGGAUGUUUCUGAUAAAGCUUUUGCUUCUAUCAAAGUGAACAACAGGGCUACUACCACAGAGGAAUGUGUCUAUUUGUCAGGCAAGGAGAUAUAUGCUGAAACUACCAAACUAAAUCAAAGUGCAUCUCUUAAGAGGGAGGCCCUGAGAGAGUCAAGCCCUGUUCAAAAGCACUGCAGUGUUAACUCAAAAACACAACCAAAGCUGCUGAGCAAACAUGGCUUCAAUCCUCUUUUAAGCACAACUGGCAGGUCUGAAGCUCAAGGUAGUGUCACUGAAAUAACUGACUCUUCAGAGAAGGAGAAAGCAGAGAAGUUGAGCCCAAGAGAGGAGGUGUUGCGGCUGCCUAACCUGAGCCCUGGAGGGAAGCUAUCCUGUGACUCAGCAAAGGGCAGAGCAUGGAAUUCGACUGCAGCAACAAAUGUAGCCAUCAGCACACAGGCCUCUGUGAAAACCACACCUGAAGAAUGCCUUACAGGGCAAGGAAUCCAUAAACAACACAAUAUGACCCCAACCAACGUGCUGGAAAAGCAGGAGCAACAGGCUGGCACCAUGGAAAGUACACUCAGUCCUACUAAUAUUGCAUGCCUAAUCUCUGAUUUGGAAGCAAAAGCAGUGGAUAACACAAUCCCACAAGCUGAUGAGAGCAGUGUUGGAAAGGAGCAAGAGAGUGGCAGAGAGGAAGUCAAGUCACCGGGAGAGUCUGCAAUCCUAGGUAUGCAACGCCAAGGCAAAUUGAAAGCCAUGGGCCCUGUGCAUGUAGUAAGAGACAUGAGAAGCCUAGUGAAAAACACAUACAACAUGUCCUUCAAAAUCACGGGGGAAUCAGCCCAUGGCAUAGAUGGGAGUACCCCUUUGUUUAAGCCAUCGGUACAAAAUUUAAGCAACAACAAGGGUGAAGGUAUGGGAAAGGGAUGCAGAUCAGAAGAAAAACCCCUGGUACGGAAAGUCACUCCACCUCUUACACUGGAGAGGAGGAGGGAUCACUCUGCAACAAAAGGAUGCUCAACUAAGGUAAUGCCACCCAAUGAAUCGAAUGACAAAAAUCAUACUGGAUUUAUAAAGGUCAGCCCAAAUAGUAUAACCAAGGGAAACAGUUGUGCCUUGUCAAAGCCCUCAGAGAAACAGGUUAGCCAAGUUUGCAAGAGGAAACCUAAUGUUGUAGUCAGCGAUACAAACUUGAAACCGACAAACAGGACAGACCUGGCACUGCAAGCUAAAGAGGAGGCCUCUACUGAGAAGCCUACAAAAGGAGACUUGAACAAGGCAGAGCAUGAGAUGACCAUCAGCUCUGACAAACUCUUCCCAGUAGCUUUGCAAUAUUGUCCACCCACAGCAAGUUCUGAGCAACAGGACUAUGGCAAGAUAAUCAGUGAUGCCCUCCAGACCCCAUGCCUUCCUCCCAGGUCACAAAGUUCAGUGGGGCCUCUGUCUGCUUGCAUUCUAACAGUUGCUUCAACACCCAUGGUUCCCUCAUAUUAUUACAAACCCAAUCCGCCAAUCUGCUACCAGACAAUCUCUCCUCAUAUUGGAGCUGGUUAUGGCUAUGUUCAAGGGCCUGUCAUGUUUCAAACACCUCUUUACAACCAGCCCUCUGCAUCAAACAGUCACACCCCCCUACUGAGAUCCCUCUCUGAGGAUGGAAAAACGUUAGUGCAGCCAACAGAUGGCUCAACCAGUCAAGCUCAGAAUGGGGAAGCAGGGCUGAAAAUAUCUUUUACAGAAAGCCAACACAAUGCAAUCUUUGAUGCUCCCUUGAGUGCAGAAGCCAGGCUCGGGGGUACAGGUGUGGUGUAUCCAGAAGCAGGAGGAAGUAUCGCAGCAGGACAAACCCCCCGCCAGCUGUUGCUCGACCCUGAAACUGGCCACUAUUUCUAUGUGGACGUGCCUCAGAUGCCACAGCGCAAGAUGCUAUUUGACCCAGAAACUUGCCAGUAUGUUGAGGUCCUACUGCCACAGCAGACGCUUCCCAGUGCUGUUUUGCACACACCCUGUGCCAUACCCAUUGCCUCUCUUCACAUCCCACCCAUGUAUACUCCACAGUGCUUACCUUACGUACAGUCACAUCCUCAGGUGCUCCCACCACCAGGACCAUGAAACCUGACAGGACAUUUAGGCCAGCGCAUCUCAAUUCCAGUCCUCCUGCCCCCUUGCUAUGCAUAUUUUGCAUGUCUCUCUUUAAUUACACACCUAAUUCAGAUAAUCAGCUCAUUAGAAGU